AUGCCACUACCUGCAUCCAAAUCCCCACCAAAACCAGCUGGAAAUCGAGUGUGCGAAGAGAGCUUAGGAGAUGCUCAUUUUCCUUUUGAAGGCCUGCCGGAAUCACUUCGGGAUCACGAAUCGAUUCAAGAACCAAAUCCUAGCUUCAGGACAGGAUAUGCGAUCGCCCAUAACACAGAGGAUAAUGCGGCACUCCUUACCCCCAGUACACUAAGCACAUCUCCUUGUGUUUCAAGACAGGGGCAUGGCAUGUUCGAAGCGCCCUCGUCGGAAGAGCCGGGGAAUAAUCAAACCUUCGAAUCCCAAGAGCUGUUCUCUGUGACUGACACGACCGACGCGGCUUCCUGGACUUUGCAGCGGCCAAUUACGCUCUUGGGGUUGGAGCUUUAUCUUUUUCGGCAUUUUGUGGAGGUUGUGAGCAAGCUUUUGGAUUUUCAUGACCCAGAAAUCCAUUUCACGCGAAUAGUCCCUUACCUAGCUCUGAGAAACGUCGGCUUGAUGAAAGCAUUACUGGCCCUUUCAGCGCGCCAUCUUUCUCUGGGAGGGGUGCAAAGGGAAGAUUUUAGCUGCAUCCCAUGUGAGAACGCCGACGUUGAAAAGGAUCGAGACAGCACAGCCAUUCGAAGCUCAGCGGCGAAAUACCACACUGAGUCCCUUCGUUACCUGAAAUCGGUCAUACAUCAUCCAUCUCAUACUCAAAACUUAGAUCUAGUUGCCGCUGCCGUUUUAAUCAGCACCUACGAAAUGAUUGAUGGUUCGAUUCUUAAUUGGAAAAGGCACAUCGAAGGGAUUUUUUGGAUUCAACAGUUCCAGGAUAUUGAUGGUGAAUGUAAAGGCCUUCAGUCAGCCUUGUGGUGGUCUUGGCUUCAACAAGAUACUUGGGCCGCUCUACUCGAGCGACGUCGGACACUCAACAUAUGGAAGCCAGAAAGGAGAAUUGCCUCGUCAACAGCUCCAGAGUUAGCUAGAUAUGCAUGGUAUUUGCUUGGCCAGUGUGUCAACUAUAUAUCGCAAGAAGAGAGCCAAGAGGUCUCUGUGCGACGUUCUGAUCGAGGAAAUGAGCUUCUACAGAUGCUCAAGGAAUGGUGUGAAGCUCUUCCGUCAGAGUAUAAACCUCUGCCAUUGACAUCAGAGGAAGACAUCUUCCCCGCCAUAUGGGUUAACCCAGCAUCUUAUGCUGCCGCUUUGCAGAUCCAGAACCUCUCCCUCGUGCUUGUAAUCUUGCACCAUCCUUCCUUAGGAUCUAUUGUCAACGAUCGGCGGCCAAAGCACAUGUUAGCUGCAGCUAUGAGUAUCAUAUGUGGAAUUGCAAGGUCUGUUCACGCAGAUGACAUAGCCGCCAAUCUGGUCUCGAUGCAUUGUCUUUUUAAAGGUAAAGUAUCAAGGACCAAACACUAUAUGCAAGUUAAUAGCUAA